GAUUCUGUCACCUUUACUUCCAGCAAGGCAUUUGUCCCACGGACCUCCACAGCUCCUGGAAGAAAUAAAGCUCUGCAAAGCAGAUCCUGGCUGGCCAGGACUCAGUUCCUCUGUCUGGCUCUUUUACCGAGGGAGAGGCAGCCCUCAUGGCUCAGGACUAUGCUGCGCUUGGUGCCUGUUGCUCAAGCAGGCUGCAAAAUGAAUUUCUCCCCAAAAGCUCACAAUCUAAGAUCAGGAAUGAUUCAUGGACUAAAAGAUGUUUUCCAAGAAAUAAUGUUAUAUCUUAGCAAGGAGGAAAAUGUAGAUGUGAAAAACUUCUCUGCUUUCCUGGGGAGCUGCCAGUUUUGUGGGCUUGCCCAUGUGUUGCCCCAAUCCUGCUGCAUCCCACGGCACCAAACCUGCCCUGGGGUGGCCUCGAAGGGGGCUGGGAGAGCAGCCGUGCCUUCACAGCUUCCAGGGGACCAAAAGCACCUGAGCAGCCUCCCAGCUCUGAUGGGACCUCCUUGCAUCCUGGAAAGCACUGGCAGGAAAACCCUGAAGUCGUUGCAGGUCAGACUUUGGGUAUUACAUAAAAAGGAGAUUUGGGCUGUGGACACACGAGCACAUUGCCCUGAGGAUCCCAUAAAUCAACUGACCUGUGAGAGCCGCUUCUUAUCUGCGGCGAAAACCAGCCCAUGCAAGGAGGAAUUGGCUCUUUCCUUCUCUACGAAGAUGCAUGAUCAGACUUCCAUGGCACAUCCAGCUUUGCUCGAAGAGAGAGCCCAAUCGCCUGGAUGCGCUAUGAAAAAAGCAAAGAGAUGUUUCUGCAGUUCUGGUGUUGGGCAGCAGGCUCAUGAAAGCAUUUCCGUAAAUACACUUGGAAAGUACAGAAGUGGGCUUAAGGGAACUGCCAAGCUUUUCUUUCUGCAUCAGCAACUUGGACCCAGAAAGACGAGACAGCCGUCCUGUGUGCAGUCUUUGGGCUCUGUCUUCCUCACUGAGGUAACUCAGGGAUACAGCCAGUCAUACGACAACAUUUCAGAUCUUUUCCAACCACACUGUUCUUGAGUGUCCUUGCUUUUGUUUCCCACUAAUCAUCUGCUGGCUUUGUUCUGUAUUUCUCAAGCAGGAAUUUGUGUAAGAGUCCUGUGGAUACACGGUGUUGAUCGCCGCACACCCAGGACCUUGUCUUUGAGCUCCUCAUUUCCCCAGUUGUUCCCAACCCGGUGCCAUCUGCAGACCUGACAAGGAUGCCUUCCCUAGGUUAUUGCUGGUGCACAGGACAAAGCUGCAGUUGCAAAGGAAGGCUGGCCUCGCAGCUCCGAAGAACACGACUGCAUCAAAGCACGGUCAAAAUUUAAAUUAAUGUCUCUGUUGAAUGGCAUCACUUAGCUCUUUUGUAAUUAACAAAAUCAUAAACAUUGCCAUCUAAUCUAGUCAAGAGUGGCUGUGAGAUCUGCAGUGUUUGUUCUAAAUAUGUUACAGACAAUACGUGUCAGGGAUAACUAGCAGCAGGUCCGUUUCAUGGAGCAGUGCUCUGGUUUGACCGUGACUUCUGCAGGCUCUUGUUUUCAGUGAGAUGCAGGAGUUACCUGAACACAGGGACUGCUCGGCUGCCAAGCAAGCACCACUGACUGACAAGUGCACACAUUUAACUGAUUGUGGGAUGCAGAACUGCAAUUUAGGCUAGAUUCAAAUAAUAUUGAGCUACAAUUUUCAUCUUGUUUCCAACCCCUUUGUAUGUUCUGAGGGACUUGGGGACCCAGAGUCCUGCAGCAGUCGCCAGGAGAUAUUUCUCUUGGGAAAUUAGCCCCCAGAUGCCUCAAGAUAAGCAAUGCUGUUCAUACCACGUCCAGUUUGUCCCUUUCUGGCUAGAUCUAAGGCAGCUGGAAAAAGGUUCCUUGAUAACCAUCAUGCAAGGAGCUGCUCCUUUAAAAUAUCCCUGAAUCCACUGAUUUUAGGAAUUAUACUGGGAACUGUCGCAAACCUACCCCCCAAAAUAAAGUGGUUUGAAAGAGCAAGAAAUCCAUCAGUUGUAGCACGAAGCAUGAAGUGCUUGAUAUGAAGUAAAUUGGGCUGCAGCACUUGGAGACUUCCCUGCACGGAAACCUAUGAAUUAUCAUCAACUUUCUGAACCUGUGUUCCUGGCUGCCAGCGUUAAAACCCUGUUGUGUCCGCAGACUAAUUAUGCAGAAAGUACCUUUGUCUGAUGAACGGUAAAGCUCGCUGAAGUGUGAUGGGGAAAGCAUCUCCACUGCGGUAUCGAUUCUUGCUCCUCUCGCUGUCGUGGCUGCUCUGGGCUGAAUGCAAUUAGAUGUGAUCCCUGCACUCAGGGGAAAUGGGGCUUCUUGGUUUGUAACUGCGCCUCCUUCAACUCCUAAUAAAUAGGACAUUAAAAGAGAAUUAUUCCA